CUCAGGAAAAUGGUCUUUCUCAACAGUAAUAUAGAAUAGCAGUAUACCACAAAGACUAGCUAAUAUUGAUUUGGAUUGACGCAUAUCCAAAAUAAGUUUCAUAUACACUUAUCGAAAAAUUGCGUUAAUCCAGCAAAGACGAAGUUGGCCUACUGCCAUCGAGGCCAAUGGCAAGCUCCAGUGACCACUUGCAUGGCGACAGUACCCCGCCCGAUGCGUCGGCUGAGGUGGAAGCAAUAUUUAAUCAACCGCUUAGUGAGGAUAUCGAGGAAGAGCACAAUAAAAAACACUGCAAGCUCUCCGAUGUGUCGAAGAAUGAAUGUACGUUAGAGAAGAGCAGUAAGGACUUGCAAGCAGAAAACAGCGACAUAUUCAAGAGGGUAGAAGUCGAUCGUUCGUUUGAAUCAACUUCGGAACCACAGGAAAAUGAAACAACCCCGCGACCCUAUCGACCUACGUGGUGCUUUGACGCGACACUGCAACAAGCCGGUUUCUACGUCGAUGGAUAUGGUAUAAUACCUGAUCCAAUAACGACCGCCGAGAAAAUCCAGAAAGCAAAACCAAUCGCACGGAGUUGUGCUCUCGAAGCUGCUGAGGUCCGUCACGAUAUAAGGCUCAGACAUGUAUUGCGUGGCGGAAAUCCGCGGAAGGCUUCGCCGCCAAAUACUGAACCAUCCGCGAACGUCGCUAAAGUCUCCGGUAUUCCCAAGAUAGAAAAGACUUCCGAUCAUUAUAAAAUUAUUGGAGCGGCAAUCCUUUCUGGGGUAAUCCUUGUUAGCGUCAUGGCUUUCAUCGCGGGUCGUUAUAUUAUCGGCUGAAGGCGAAGAUUACCAGCUGCGUGAUCGGACCUAUGCACGAAAAUACAAAUCGAGUAAAAGCUCAUGUGAGUGGCGCGCACGUAAUUCAAACAUUGAGGGUGAGAAACAAGACUAAACGCAAACUAUAAUUGUAAAUAAAUCAUGGAUUGUUUGUGAUACGAG